AGUUAAGUGACGGUGUGAGUGAGUGAGGUAAACAUCCUCCCACAAACGCUUUUUCAAAUUUUGUGAGGGAAAGUGAGUCCGUGCGGAGCGCGAGCGCGUCCCACAAUGCAUUUGCCGCUCAGCGGGAAACAAAAAUGGCGAGAGCGAGCGAGCAAAACCAGCCGUUUACCGUAAUGUAAAACACUUCAUGCGUUUGAAUCAUUUUGUAAAAGCAGAAUCAAAACUAUUCAAAGCGGAGCUCCUGUUGCCCGUUUAUGGUGUAGUUCUUUGUGUUUGUGCGACAUUGUAACCCGGGAAAGUGGCCGAAUGAGAGACUCAGCAAGUGCAGAUAACCUGGCCGCCCAUCAAAAGACACCUCCAAAUCGCCAACAAAAGUCACCGGUGCCCUUGUCACGAUUUCCCCUGAAAGAUGGGCAGAGCGACACGGCCAGGCUCGCCAACAAGUUUGAAGAAGGGCAGGACGUCCUGGCCCGAUGGUCAGAUGGCUUGUUUUACCUGGGAACUAUCUCCAAGAUAGAUAAACAUAAGCAUCGCUGCUUUGUGAUUUUUGAAGAUCAGUCUAAAUCCUGGGUUCUCUGGAAGGACAUUCAGACAGUUGACAGACCUCAGAGUCUCCAGGCUUACACAAACCGUAAGUUCCACAUCGAGCCAGGAGACAAGAAUAGGGAAGGGGACAGUGGAGGGGAAAUGCUCUGCUCUAUUUGUCAGAAUGAAAGCUCCGAGCCCCCCAAUGAAAUAGUCAUCUGUGACAAAUGUGGACAAGGAUACCAUCAGCUAUGCCAUGCUCCCAUAAUUGACCCCAGUGUCAUUGCCUCUGAUGACAAAUGGCUCUGCAGACAGUGCGUGUUCGCCACAACAACAAAGAGAGGCGGUGCACUGAAGAAGGGGCCAAAUGCCAAAGCCCUACAGGAAAUGAAGCAGUCUCUGCCAUACGCCCUUGAAGAUUUAGUGUGGGACCAGGGCCACAAGACCAACAUCCAGCAGUGCUACUGCUACUGCGGAGGUCCUGGCGAUUGGUAUCUGAAGAUGUUGCAGUGUAAUAAGUGCAAACAGUGGUUUCAUGAAGCCUGCAUCCAGUGUUUUCAGAAGCCAAUGCUCUUUGGAGACAGGUUCUAUCUAUUUAUUUGUUCCGUUUGUAAUAGUGGACCAGAGUACCUCAAACGCCUGCCUCUGAGAUGGGAAGACGUUGCACACCUGAGUCUCUAUAACCUGAGUGUAAUUCAUAAAAAGAAAUACUUUGACUCAGAACUCGAACUGAUGACUUACAUCAAUGAAAACUGGGAUAGGCUUCAGCUUGGCGAGCUUGCAGAUACCCCUAGAGCAGAACGAUAUGAAUGCAUUCUGGAAGCACUUAACAGCAACCUCAACAUGUUCAUGUCAGGGAAAGAGAUAAAGAAGAAGAAGCACCUGUUUGGAUUACGAAUUCGCUUCCCACCGGCCCCCCAGAGCUCCGAGCUCCUGUCAGACCGAGAGCCAGAAAAAGCUUCCCAUGAGAUCAAAAUCAAAGGCAGAAAAGCCUCAAAACCCCCUCUUUUAUCCAGCAUUGUCACUAAUGGAGCAGUGAAGAAAGGAAAGAGGAAGCAUCACACACACUCUUUAGAGAUGUUGGCGAAAUUGAGAAGAUCAAGUGAACUAUUGGCACAGAAUAAUGGGAAGUUUCCAACUCUAGACAAUAACUCAAUAGACCUGAUGGCCUCAAAAAGUGAAAAAUCUUUGCCUUCAUCAAGUACCUCAGAUGUUGAAUCUGUUGGUGCCACCAGCACAAGUGAAACUACCUCAACCAGCCUCUCAAGGCAGUCCAGUUUGGGCAGUCCGAGCGGACCACGGACUGGAUGCUUAUGGCCCACCUUCACACAGCCCCCAAUAAAGAGGCGACGGGGACGUCCGCGACGAGCACUGCAGCCCCCAAAUCCAGAGAUUUCCCCUCCCUGCAACUCAGAGCCGCAACCCGAGCCCAGCCCCCUCCCCUCCUGCCUCUACAGCGGCAUGGACAUCAUGCAGGGCCUGGACCCCGACACCCAGCUCAACCACCUCAAGAGCUCCAUUAGCACUUACUUCGGAGCCGCGGGUCGCCUGGCCUGUGGGGAGAAGUACCGUGUACUCGCUCGCCGCGUCACUGACGACGGAAAAGUACAGUACUUGGUGGAAUGGGAGGGCGUCACUGCCUCCUGAGCUUCAUACGGGUGUAUUUCUGGUGAAAGUACGGUCCGCUUUGGCCCUAGUAAUGUACUAUAUUUUGUGACAAAUAAGGAGGGAAGUGAAUGUACAUGGAUGACUGAGGUAAUUGAGGGGCCUCAGGACUACCAUAGAGAUGAAGAGAUGAGACUUUGUAGAGUUUUGUGUGUGUGUGACCUGUCUCUGUGGAAAUUUAAAUGGACUGCCUUCACAUGGACUGGAUUCACACAUUGAAGGUGGCUGUAGUUUCAGGUUAAAGACAUAAUCAAUUCACUACUAUGUGAAAAUAACCCGAGUCCUCGCUUUUUGUCUCCGAUGUGCAGGUGCCUUAAGGGGUUGUGAAACAGAUACUAUAUAUGCUGCUGGAGACUGAGGACUUUUUUUCUACUUAUUCAGUUAAAUAUUUUCUCAUAGCUCACAUUGCCAAGAGGAGAGGGCGCUAUUGUCAGGAGGGCACUUUUAUUUUACAUUUCAAUUGAUUGCACAUAAGUUCUCAUUCUGUACAUCCAGUAUUGUCUCGCCUCAGUUUAAACAGCCUAGCUUGUGAUUUUCGUUAUGAAAUGAGAUUGAUGUUAAAAAACCCAAUGUAAAAUGGUUAAUUCUUCUAAUGCCACAAAACAAAAAUGAAAUAUAUGAUUAGCAUUAAUAUUUACAUCAGAUCUUGGUAUUUUCUGGGACGUUCCACAAAUUCCUAGGUGGCUAAUAGAAAGAUUUUUGUAUUAUUUGUUAUUUGUUUGUAAUUUGUCUCCUGAGGGUCUC